AUGCCUAAUUCCCCUGCCCCAUUGCAAGAAAGGAAACGGUUUAUAGAACAUAUUGUCACGGUGUUGUUGAAGGCCAAUGCUAGACUUAGGACUCCCAAGAAAAAAGCAAUGCAAAUAGAACAUGAAGUGGCCAAGACUGCUACUUCUUCGACAUAUGGAACCUUAAUCAGACAAAGAAUUCACAAACUUUCCCAUCCCGAGAAGUAUAAGCCGAAACCAAAGACCCCAUCCAAGCAAGAACAAUUGGAGAUCUUGAGAAAAUGGUCGAUAUCAACAGAAAAGUUAAGCAAGUUCGGAUUUGUGAUGGAUAUUCCUAAAGUGGAAGAUUCUGAAGAAUCGCUUUCAAGAAAGUGUAGUCGAUGUGGUACUCAAUUUCAAACAAGUGAGCAGUUACAACCAAUUGAAUGCCAUUAUCAUUGUGGCAAGAUUCGACGCAAGCAAGAUCGUCUGAGAUAUCAUGAAUGUUGUAUGGCUGAAGAAAACCAAAACCCUUGCUCGGUUGCCAAACAUCAUGUAUAUUUAUUGGAUACUGUGGAAGAGAAACAAAAGUCAAUUCCGUAUCAGUUCACCCGAGACUUGUUUAAAGAAACUAGAGAGGAGUAUCCUGUUCUUGGAAUUGAUUGUGAGAUGGGAUUCACUACGAAAGGGUUCGAGCUAAUGAGAAUUACUGCUGUAGAUUUCUUUACUAACGCCACAGUAUUGGACGUAUAUGUACUUCCCUUUGGUGAAGUGGUUGACUUGAAUACGAGAUUUUCCGGUAUUUCCGAGAUCAACGACAAGUUUGUUCUGUUUGACGAGCUGCUUAGGCAAUUGGGACAAGUAAUGGAUCUGAAUACGAUAUUAAUAGGCCAUGGAUUAGAAAAUGAUAUGAAUGCAAUGAGGUUAAUCCACGACAAAAUAAUCGAUACCAGUAUAUUAUAUCCAAAGUUUCAACCUAGUCCUACGUUUCGAUGGAGUCUUAAAGACUUAGCAUUCAAAUUUCUAAGCCGAAACAUUCAAAUUGGUGAGCAUGAUAGUGCUGAGGAUUCUAUUGCUGCUAUCGACAUAGUCAAGCAUUUCAUGAAUAAGGAAUUAGCACUUGGUUGA